AUGAAGGUAGAACUCGGUCCCUUCAAAUUCGUACCGAUUCGUGAGUUCGAUGCCGUUAACUCCGCGCUCAACUUCUCUACGCCCGAUCUAUAUGUCAUGGGAGGGUGCGACUUAUACACGACCAAGGCGGCAGGCGGAGAUAAGAAACUAUACAAGAACAUUGAAAAUGGGUUGGAACAACAGUACAAAUCGAAUUUACAAUUCUCGAAUUCCCUCUCCCCUCCGCAAGCACAUCUCAUGGCCUCCAGCCUCAAUCUGAGUCGGAGUAGUCCUUUUGGCAACUUGGGAAUUAUCAGCUCCAGAAGAACAUACGCAUACCUCAUUGCCACCCUCAACGCCAGCCAUCCAGAUUACGAUUUCUCGCACGUCCUUAGGCCAACCGAUUUCAAACGGGAAAAGAGUCUCAGAGCCGUCAUGAACAACCUUGAUACCACUCUCUAUAACUUGAGGCCGCGAGCCUUCAACCCUCUGUUUGCUGGGCCCGGUGGCAUUAUGGACGCCAACGGUCCACCAUCAAUCCAGACUUUGUGGGGCCCGGGGAUGUGGAGAUUGAUCGACAACCAGAUGAGCCUGAGGGACUGCACUAUCUAUCGAUAUGCUCCCGAAGAUUAUGAUCCAUUUGAAGAUGAUGAUGAAGGCUCCAUAUGGUCAAUGAACUACUUCUUCUUUAACAAAACAAGAAAACGAGUAUGCUACCUCUAUCUUCGAGGCGUUAGCAUCCUGUCGGUGGGUGCGAAUGAUGGUCUGCGGACUCCAAUCAGAUCAAAGAGGUUCGCAGAGGACGAGUCAGACGGCUGGAUGACACCUGAUAUGGGUGCCCGGAAGAGAGCGAAGUAUUGGCUCGGCGACCGAGAAGGAAUCGAAGUCAUCGACCAUGAGGACACAGAAAUGGCUUCAGUGGAGAAUCCAACUGGUGAGGGCAUUCCAGAACCAAGAAGUGACGAUGAGCACUUCUCACCUCCCAUGCGACCAGUGGUUGAUGAGAACGAUAACUACGUUCUCAGUGAUGAAGAGGUGAGGAGUGCUCGCAGCGCCAGCAAGAGUACUGCUAGGGGCAUGAGUGAAGAGAUUGUUGGUCCCAUUGAGGUUUGA